UACUGCACGCUAAAGUUGUAGGCAAUAAAGAGUAAUCAUUAGGAACUACAUUCUGAAACCAUGAGGGUCAUUAUAUUAUUACUGAUGUGCAUAUAUUUAAAUAUAGGUGUGAUUUUAUGCGAUUCGGAAUGUAAAAACUUUAAAACAUGUGGUGGGUGCAUUGGCUAUGCGUAUGAUACAUGUGUUUGGUGUUCCGCUGCAGAACAUGAAGGUAGAAGAUGCCAAUCGAAAACGGAAGCUGAUGAAAAUAAGAAAUGGUGUAAGGAACCUCUUUAUGAUCCACAAAUAAGUAUAAACGAAACGGAAAAUCGUGAUUUCAGUUCUGGAAUAAACAACUCGGAUGUCGUUCAAUUUACACCGCAAAAACUGAUUAUCAAAUCACGUCCAGGUGUUCCUAUACCUAUAAACAUGUCUUAUAAACCAGCAAAAGAUUAUCCUUUAGACGUUUAUUAUCUAAUGGAUUAUUCCUUCACCAUGAGGAAUCAUGCAUCAACUCUUCGGGAUCAGGGUCUUGAGAUAUAUAAAGAACUCAUAAGUUUGACUAACAAUGUUCGAUUAGGAAUUGGCAGUUUUGUUGAAAAGCCAGCGAUGCCAUUUGCCGAUGUACGCAAGGGAAUAUCAUAUUCGUUUAAAAAUCAUUUAUCUCUGUCCGAAAAUACGGAAUUAUUCCGUGAUGCCCUCAAAGAUGGCCCAAAUGGCACGAAUUAUGAUGUACCGGAGGAUAGUUUUGACGCCUUAAUGCAGGUCAUGGUUUGUCCUGAGCAGAUAGGUUGGCGAAGGGGAGCGAGACGUAUUAUAGUUUUAUGUUCCGACUCGACAUACCAUAGCGCGGGAGAUGGAAAAUUUGUUGGAGCCAUACGACCACACGAUAUGAAAUGCCACAUGAAUAAUAAAGAAAAGGACAUGUCCCUCGUUUAUGAUUACCCAUCAGUUAGUCAAAUCAAUAAAAUAGCGACAGAAACAAAUACAAAAAUUAUAUUCGCAAUUGACUCUAGUGCUAAACGACACUAUGAAGCUUUAGAGAAAAGUAUACAAGGUUCGAAGUAUGUACCCUUAAAUGCGAACACUGAUGUUGUUAACAUGAUUAAGAAUGAAUAUUUGGAGCUGGUUAGAACGUUAACUAUUGACUCGAAUCUACCAUCGUUCAUGGAAUUAAAACUAGAUCCAGACUGUUUUCAAAAGGAUAAUUGUCGAGUAAAACAUGAACAACCUGUGAGCAUUAAAGGUACAUUGAAGAUAAAGACGUGUCCCACUAAGGAAGACAUGAAAUACUUAUUAAAAAUCGGGCCAGUGUCGUUGGACGAAAAAUUGGAAGUUGAAGUAGAAACGGAAUGCCAGUGUGAUUGUGAAAAGCACGGAGAACCAGACUCGUCAAAAUGUAGCAAUGCUGGUAUUUACCAGUGCGGUAUAUGUUACUGUAAAGAAAAAAGAUAUGGCAGUACGUGUAGUUGCGUCGGUGCAUCAUCAGAAACAAACGAUUUAGAUCAGUGUAAGGCUAAUAUUACCGACUUAAAUUUUUGCAGUGGCAAUGGUGCUUGCAGAUGUGGGAAAUGUGAAUGUCAAGGAGGCUUCUCAGGCGAUUAUUGUGAAUUUGAUGACAAUGCCUGCCCUCGACCUGGCAAUUUGCUUUGUGCGAGCAAUGGAAAAUGCAGGUUUGGCCGCUGUGAAUGUAAUCCGCACUGGAUUGGAGACGACUGUCAGUGCCCAGACAAUAACCGAAGUUGUAUAGCACCUAUAUCGAACGAGGUAUGCUCUGGCAAAGGAACGUGUAAAUGUGGAGUAUGUAUUUGUGAACAAAAGGAGGAUACUAAUGAAAUAUGUUCUGGACGCUUCUGCGACGACUGUGAUGAACUAAAGCAAAAACGAUGCAAGGAACUAGAAGACUACGCCUAUUGCAAUUAUAACGUUAAUAAAACUGAAUGCGAUGAAAGAUAUCAUCAAACAUCCACUGGUGUAACGUUAGUGAACAAAACUGAAAUAGAUGCGCUUGAACACCAACAUAAAGCUAAAUGGUGCCGAAAGACCUUGGAUGACGACAGUGUCUUGAUUUUCAUUUAUUAUUAUCCGCCAUCGUCGACAAAUACGUUGGAAAUUAUGAUCCAAAAAGAAUUAGAGUUGCCCAUUAGGGCUAAUGUUUGGGUUACCGUUGUGAGUACAAUAGCCGCAGUAUUACUCAUUGGUUUGCUAACAUUACUGGUGUGGAAGUACUUGGCUGAUCUCCACGACCAGAGAGAGUACCAGAAAUUCGAGCGGGCGCUUGCCGCGGGUUGUGACGAAGACAACCCGCUGUACCAGUCCCCAGCAAUGAACUUCACUAAUCCUGCGUAUGAUCCAACAUGCAAUGGGGCGCGUUCGUGAAUACACAACUAUUUACGUUUGUCUAGUAAAAUGCCAUAAAUGUGACAGGGUUUUUUAUUCCAUUCAAAUCUGUAGUGUCGUUUCAAAGAUAUUAGCAUACACAUACGGACAGAUGCGGCAAGCGACUUUGCUUUAUAUAAUGUAGUGAUAUAACAAAACAGGAAAAAAGCUGUCUGUUUGCUG